GACACGAGCGACAUUCGCUUGUCUCCACUCCUUGGAGAAGCAGUUCGCCGCGAACGGCGACGUUCAAGUAACGCCAAGAAGCGCUGAUUCGAAAUUAGCUAAACGUCUUGUGAUCGGAGAUAAAAACGCGGCAGUAUUUUUCCCGGGGUGAAUUUUAUUGCAUGUGAUAAAAUACGCGACAUUUGUUCAACGCGAAUCCAAUUUUUUUUUUCUUAUCACACUUUGGUGCAAACUUCGCACGCAGAUUUUCAGAAUGUCAGUUGAUUAUCAACGCAGAGAAGUGUUUCUCAAUGAAAUUGAAUGAAGAACUUUUUGUCAAGUUUUUUUAGCUUGAAAUUAAAAUUUAUAUUCUACGAUUUGUUCAAUAGUCAUUUUUAAAUACGCUACAGUCGAUUGUUUGGUUAAACAAUUUGUGCUCACGGUGAAGUGGGAGAUUAUCUCGUCGGUAAAACUUUAGAACUCAACUAGGGAAUUUUUCCGCAAUGUCGUGGGUGCCGCCAAAUUUGGCGCAGCUUUGCGAGCCGCACUCAACAGUGUCGACAUGUCAACCAGCGACGUACAUGUUCCUGGCGCUAGUGGUGCAGCUGUUUGGCCAAUCGAAGGACAACCGUUUCAACCACUUGCACGGGCCAUCGAUGUUCUUUUCGCCGUUGCUCGAUAAUCGCGGAGAGCAGCGCAGUACGCAUGCGGCGAAUUUCGGCACAAGCGGUGGAAAAAUGACCAAAGCAGAGAGCCGCACGAGCCCAUUCAACACGCACGUCGCGGGCGCAGUGAGGCCUACAAGCACCGCUAGCGCCCCUUUCGGGAAGCCGCAGAAGCUCUGCGCGCUGCGCAGGCCCGUUGCGCAGCCUGCUUACAGCGAGGAGCCGCUGUACCCGCCGUUAUCCUACCAUGGGAACACGGAACCGGAAACAGCGCCUGGGCUCGCGAUGCGACAGAUCGCGCAGAUCCACGGCGAAGUCGCGGACGACGUCAUCCCCGUCGUUGAGAGCUCGAGGGACAACGUUGGUGCCAAAUUUGGGACAGGAUUCGCCAUGUAUGACACUUGGAAGCAGAGCAUUGUCCUUAGGAAUUCGGAGGAUAUCGUCGCCGGCGAGUACACAGAGAAUAUCGAGCACGUUGUCGACUCGCCAUUAGCUGAUAACGAGCCUGCGGCUUCCGGACAAUCUUUUGGCCAUGGCCUCGCCACCGAGGAAUACGAUUUCAUCGUCGUUGGAGCUGGCUCUGCCGGAUGUGUCGUUGCUAAUAGGCUGUCCGAAAAUAAACACUGGAAGGUUCUGUUGUUGGAGGCUGGUAUAGAUGAGCCCGAAGUUGCCGACGUGCCGGCAUUCGCGUCGAUGUUACAAGCGAGUAAUAUCGACUGGAUGUACCGUACUCAGCCGGAAAAACAUUCCUGUCGAGCAAGAAGAGGCAAGACUUGUCCGUGGGCUCGAGGCAAAGUCAUGGGAGGAUCAAGCACAAUCAAUUAUAUGAUCUACAUUCGAGGAAUGCGGAGCGACUACGAUGAGUGGGAAGCUGAAGGCAAUCACGGUUGGGGCUACAAACACGUUCUUCCGUACUUCCUGAAGUCGGAAAAUAAUGAGGAUCCGGAGAUCGUUCACAAAAACCCGAAAUAUCACAGCAAGGGUGGCUAUCAAAACGUCGAGAGGUUCCCGUACGCAGACAAGAACGUGGGAGUUUUGCUUGAUGCGUGGCAGGAAUUGGGAUACAAAAAAAUCGACGCGAACGCGAACCAGCAGAUAGGAGUGAUGAAGCUGCAAAUGACGUCGAUCCACGGCCGACGGCAGAGCACGAACGGGGCGUUCAUCCGACCGGUGCGUUACAAGCGACGUAAUUUGGAGGUUAGAACGCAGGCUCACGUCACACGGAUCGUGAUCGACGCAAAAACGAAGCGAGCUACGGGGGUCGAGUACAGCUCGACGGAGACGGGAUUCCGGAAGGUGGUGAUGGCCAGAAAGGAGGUGAUCCUGAGCGCGGGAGCGAUAAACUCGCCAAAGAUCCUGAUGCUUUCUGGCGUGGGGCCCAAAGAGGAGCUCGCGAAGCACGGAAUCAAGUUGAUCAAAGAUCUGGCCGUGGGCCGGAACCUGCAGGAUCACGUGACGAUGAACGGUGUGGUGAUCGCUCUGAGCAACAAGACCCGUACCGACAAGCAGGACAACGAGGUUAGACACGACGUCUACUACUACAAGCAGACGAAGAUGGGUCCGCUGUCAGCGACGGGGGCGCUGCAGUGCGGCGUCUUCGUGCAGACGCUUUACGAACACGGCUACGACAAGCCGGACAUCCAGUACGCCUUCGACGCGAGCAACGUAAAGGACUACCUGGCGGAUCCAGGUGGCUUCGAGGAAACCGCGGUGACACCGUUGUCCUACUACGACGCCAUCAACAUCCGGCCGAUCCUGCUCAGCCCAAAGAGCCGCGGUGUGAUCAGGCUCAACGACACCGAUCCUCUUUGGGGACAGCCUCUGAUAUUCCCGAAGUACUUUACGGCCUAUCCUGACAUCGAGAGCAUGGUCGCCGGGAUUCGCAUAGCGCUGGAGCUCUUCGCCACUUCCGCUUUCAAAAAGCACGGCAUGGAGCUCGUGGACGCGCCACUUCCCAACUGCGAGAAGUUGAAAUUCAACACCGAGGAGUACUGGGAGUGUGUACUCAUGGAGUACACCGGCACCAUUUAUCACCCCGUCGGUACGUGCAAAAUGGGACCGCACACCGACGAGGAGGCCGUCGUAGACCACGAGCUCAAGGUUCACGGCAUCAAGGGGCUUCGAGUUAUCGACGCCUCCAUUAUGCCCAAGAUCGUUAGGGGCAACACCAAUGCUCCGACUAUCAUGAUCGCUGAGAAGGGAAGCGACAUGAUCAAGGAAGCCUGGCACCAUCAUCAUCAUCAUCAAUGAUUGAUAUUCAAAUCAUACAGACUCAAGUGCAAGUUCACUUGUCGGAUUUGCAUGGUACUGCAACAUCGAUCGACGAUUAAGAAACUUGAUAUAUUUAAAAAUGACAAGACCGAGGUGUCUGAAUCAAAAUAUGGGAGAAUAGAAACAAUUGCUUGACAAAUCUCCAGCAAUUAUGUUCUGUGGACCGAUGAUGGUGUGCAUGACUGAAAUAAUGUCCGUGCUGUAUAAUAAUAAUGAUUCGGAGGAAAUUGGAUUUUACAAUUUGAAUGUUCAAGGUGGUUAAACGCUGAUAUUUUUUGUCCGAUUCUAAUGCUUUAGACUCAUUUUAUCCGCAAAGAAUCUUAC